ACUGCAUUCUAAAGUGACUGUCCUCUGUUCAGGUAUUUCCUCCUUGGACAGCAAGGCGUCAGGUAAAAUGGGUGUUCGCGCAGUGGUCUACUACAUGGUGACCACCCUGAUCGCUGUGUUCAUUGGCAUCGUCAUUGUGAUGAUCAUCCGGCCGGGCAAAGGCAGCAGAGACAGUCCUGUGCCAAAAAGCGGAAACAUUGAACCUAUUCAGGCUGCUGAUGCUUUUCUGGAUCUCAUCAGAAACAUGUUUCCCCCCAAUCUGGUAGAAGCUUGUUUCAAGCAGUAUAAAACUGUUUACAAGAAGACGGUUCAUACACGGAACGUGACGGUGACCCUGAACCUCACCGACUCCCUCAACGUGACAGAGUCUAACCUGAGCAUGAACCUCAGCAGGGUGCUGCACACCAUACAGGAGACAGUGGAGGAGACGAUCCCUGUGUCCAGCUCCUCUGGUGGAGUGAACGCUCUGGGUCUGGUGGUCUUCUCCAUGUGCUUCGGUCUGGUCAUUGGCAACAUGAAGCAGCAGGGCCAGGCUCUUAGGGAUUUCUUUGACUGCCUGAAUGAAGCCAUCAUGAGACUGGUGGCCAUCAUCAUCUGGUACGCUCCAGUGGGCAUCCUGUUCCUGAUUGCAGGGAAAAUUGUGGAGAUGAAGGAUCUGGCAGAGGUGGGUGGUCAGCUGGGGAUGUACACCGUGUCGGUCAUUGUGGGUCUCCUCAUCCAUGGCCUCUUUGUGCUGCCAUUGCUUUACUUCAUGGUGACCAGGAGGAAUCCCUACAGCUUCAUCGGUGGUCUGCUGCAGGCCCUCAUCACGGCCCUGGGAACAUCAUCCAGAAGAAUAUUGGAUUUUUUUUCCCACGAGACCUGCCUGUUGGACCAGGUGCUGGAGCUGAUUAUGAACGAGAAGCCCCCCGCAAGUACGAGUCUUUUCCUAAACGAGGACGCGGACAAACCCCCCUUGCCGGAGAGAGGAGACCUGAGGAGGCGUUUGCGCAGGGCAAUGGAGAGGAGAGCCAGCACCAUGAAGGAGAGGAUGAGCUCCAUCAGCAGGGGCAGCGUCAAAGCUUUCCUCAAGAGGAACCUGUUCGUCCUGUUCACUGUCGCGGCUGUGGCUCUGGGUGUAAUCCUGGGCUUUGCUCUACGCCCCCACAAGCUGUCCCUGAGGGAGAUCAAGUACUUUGCCUUUCCUGGGGAGCUCCUCAUGAGAAUGCUGCAGAUGCUGGUGCUGCCUCUCAUCGUCUCCAGUCUGGUCACAG